UCGCUCGUAUACCGGAUGCUGGCUCGGAAAGACCAGCGAUGAUCGCUUUCUGCUGAAACCUCCCACUUGACACUGUGCCUCUCGUCUCAAUGCCUCGUCUCUGGAUCUGACGCGCAAUUGGCUUUCCUGUAUCUCUGUCACUGGCACAGAACCCAGUCCAUCACCCUUGGACUAUGAGCUGUUCCUGUCGCUGCAUGUCCCCGCUCGACCAGCUCGGCUUUUCAGAGAUACAGCUACAUGCUCCCUCCGUCUCUAUUUCCGCCGCACUCACCAUCGUGGCCCUUCCCGCUCGUUCUCCUCCGCCUCUCCCACAGUCAUUCGCAUCUCCCUUAUGUAUCCCGGUAUCAAUGGAUGAUACAGAAGAAUCCGAACGCGAGCCGAUAGCGCUCUCGGACGGAUUGGAUGAGCGCGCUCAAGAAGAUGCUAUCCGAGGCCGGGCAGACGAUCGCGAGCCUCUUGGAGGGAGGCGCUAAGAGCGCAGGAAGACGGUCGAGAUCAACUGAUCAAGCGGACGACGUGACAGGACUUGGACCGCACAUAGACCGCGCAGUCGGUGCUCGCUGUGAAGACAGGGCACAUGUACGGCGUCGCAUGCGACUCUCUUCGUAAAAUAAGUCUUCCUAUUCGAUCUCACGUCAUUUCGUCGCUACAUGCACUCUAGCUUGCGACGCAUGACUGUGUCAGCUGUGCCCGUUAAACGGCCUGAAUCAC